AUGCCUUCUACGCUUUUGCUUGCGGUGGAUGCUAUUGCGCUUGCCUUCGUCGCAAUUUUGUCAUUUUGGCUUGUCCGUCGCGAGCAAUCACGACUUCCGCUCCCGCCGGGACCACCGACCCCUAAGCUCAUAGGCUGGCUCAUCGGAAAUGUCCUAGAUCUGCCAAAGAAGCGCCAGUGGCUCGCGUUCACGGGCAUGCGCAAACAAUAUGGGCGUAUCGUUCACUUCCGCGCUUUCAACGAGCAUACGAUUGUCCUCAACGGAUUGAAGGAGGCUAAUGAACUCAUGCACGUCCGAGGGGGCCUUUACUCUGGACGACGUCAGAAAGUCAUGAUGAACGAAUUGAUGGGGCAGAACUGGGGUGUCACUCCGCUUCAGUAUGGCCCGGAUUGGCGCAUCGAGCGCAAAUUGCUCCAUGAACGGUUCCAUCGAAACGCGAUCAGCCAGUACGCCCCCAUUCAGGAGCGAUAUACGCAAGACUUGAUGACACGCAUCAAACAAGAGCCAGGUGGCUUCGAAGCGCAUAUUAAGCGGUGGGCUGCUUCUAUUGUUGUCUUCAUCGGCUACGGCUUCGACUUGAACGAGGAUAAAGACGACUGGUACGUCAAAACAGCGGACCUCAACAACCACUACUUCAGCUUGGGAGUCCAACCGUUCAUGUGGUUGGUGGAUUCAGUACCGUUUCUGAAAUACCUCCCAGAUUGGACCCCGGGCAUACAGUUCCACAAAAUUGCAAAGGAGUCGAGGGCGGCGGCCCACAAUAUCGUGGACAUUCCGUACGAGAGAACACGGCAGAUGAUGGACGACAGAAACGCUGUUCCCUCGUUUGCAUCGCACUUGAUGCAAACUCAGCUGAACCCUGCCAGUGUUGAUUUUGACAGAAUGGAGUGGCACAUCAAAGGGACGACGGCGGCCUUGUACCGAGCUGGACAAGAAACGACGACCAACACCUUAAUCUGCGCCAUCUUUGCCGCGGCAUUGUGUCCCGAGGCGCAGCGAAAAGCUCAAGCCGAACUGGAUAAUCAUUUGAUACCUGGUCGAACCCCAUGCUUGUCAGACCGAACCGAAUUGCCUUUCGUCCAUGCCUUCGCGUUGGAGGUUAUGAGGUGGUUUCCCACCGUCCCACUGGGUAUACCGCACAUGCUGCUAUCGGAUCAAGAUGAUGUAUACGAAGGCUAUCGCAUACCGAAGGGAGCACUCAUAGUUGCAAACGCAUGGGCAAUACUACACGACGAGCAAAUUUAUAAGGAUCCGUAUGCCUUCAGACCAGAACGCUUUCUCGACGAUAUGGAUCAUGCACCAGAACUAGAUCCCCGUGAAGCAGGGGUAUUUGGCUUCGGACGGAGAAUCUGUCCUGGCCAAUACCUUGCUGAUGCCUCUGUUUGGCUGGGGGUCGCCAACCUUCUCAGCGCCUUCGAGAUAUCAGGCGCUAUAGACACAGAUGGCAAAGCGAUUGAUAUGCGGUCUGCCCUAUGCGGGGCGUCACAACUCGUCACGUACGUGUCUAUAUACUUUAUCCCACUCGAGGGCCUUGUUCACAUAAUACGCGUGUCCCUUGCAGACGGCCGCGUCCGUUCAAAUGCACGUUCAGACAACGGAAAUGAUGCCCACGGCGCGUCCUGCCCUCAAGUACUCUAUCGACACAGGUCAUACAAAACACAUUCUACUGUGGACGGACUCAAGUUAUAG